CCCAAGACGAGAGAAGAGUUGGUAGCAUGAAUGAACAGCACACCCGCAUGACCUCCGUUCAUCCAGCGGCUAACGCGCUCCAAAGAGAAAUGCAUUGAGAAUGGUUAGCUGCAUACCCGGUGUUGGAACCACGCAGCUUCCGCUGACAAUGGAUUUCGAUAUGGGCAUCGCUCGCUAUAACGCAACACAUCAGCUUACCACCGCUCAUUUACUUGCUUCAGGAAAGACGAUCUCCUGGAUCCAUCCCGCAGCUGCAAAUUAUUGCACUGCGCGCCAACGAAUCCCGUUCGACUUCCUCCUUCCUAAACGCGCAAUUCUGAACGACAUGGCUCAGCGUGUCAGACGCUGUCAGCUUGUAAGACGUCCGAGAGAAAGUGAGGAGAUGACGAGAACCAAUCGUUCAAAUGCCCCGAAUGGAAGCCUCAGCCCGCCUCCAUUUAUGGCAUGCUCACACACGACUGCGAGCGAUGGUUCCCGCUUCACCUGGGCUACUCAUAUGGCGGGCCCUGGAGCACGUAUGCAUGGAGCCGAAUUCCGCAAGCCAAGCAUCGCUCACCGGAAUGCUGCGCCCUACUCGUGCUUCCCACCAGUCGCGAGGACGGCACGGCCCUUGGUACGAAGUGAGCCCCUUGCACACGUAAGAAGGCAAUAUCGACCUCACGGUAUACUGGCCCCAUCUCCGAAGACGACGUGGGUACGCGUAGACAAGAUCGCCAUCUUUGGUACGGCCUUCAGUAGAACGGCCUCCAAACUCACGCUAUCAUCCGUAUCGCAAUCACAUAUAGUAGGUAUAUUCCAAGGUAGUAAGCCAUUGUUUCCAGAUCAGACGACGCUCUUCUCCGCACGACGGACUCCGUAUUCGGAGCGGGGCGUGGGGUAACACGAACCGAGGCCUUACUCACCUAAACCUGCGGGUAAGGCAGAGCAAUCACACCGCGCUCACGUUGCAUAGCCACUAGCCCGAAUCCACCACCCGCUCCAGCGUCAACUGCUUUUCGCCACUCUAUAUCCGACAUCUAUCAACUUCCUCCAGCAUAAGGUGCAUUGUUGCUCACGAUGCAGCAGAGCCCCUCACCGCUCCCACUCAGCUCGAGCUGUGGCCCCACUAUGCCGAGCUCACCGAUCAAUGUCGUGUAAUACGAUCUGAUCUCGACAUGCAACGUCCCCUCGUACGCAGCAAUGGCAGCCACCUCCACUUCUCGCUAGCGUAGCCUGGGUCCUUCGCCUUCAAGUUCCGAAGCCA